CCUGGUUUAUAAAGAUUGGGGUGUAAUAUUCCCUGUCAUUAUUCAGAAAAUACAGGAACUAUCAUCAUGUUACUUACUUUAGUUUUGAUAACCUUGCAAGUUUCAGGAACUAGUGGAAUAGCUUUAAUACCAGAUUACGUAUGGCCGCUGGGAAAUGACACGGCUCGAUUCGAGGUUAUCAACGGACAUGAUGCCAUUAUGCCAGAAAGUGGAAAUUGUUAUGAAUACGCAGAAGGCCAUCCAGAGCUUCCUUAUCGUUCCUUGAGGUUAAAUGGUAAACCUGAAACUUAUGUGGAUAUAUUAUUGGAUGGGACAGUAAUAUUUAAAGAUCUAACGAUAUCGUUUUACUUAUACCCUGAAGGGGUACCAACUGGAACUUUGGUGCACUACUUGUACGAUACUGGUAACAUCCUCCGUGUAUCCAUUAUGGAAAGUAUAUUAUUUAUAUCUUUCUGGGAUGAGUAUGGUGUCUCUGUCGGUGCCACGGCUUUACCAGAAGUCAUUCUUCCCGACCAGUGGAACCAUUUAAUAGUGUCCAGGGAAUUCUCUACGGGAACAGUCACUAUCUAUCACAAUGGUGCUCUCAUGGAACAACUCGAUGAUGAUUUUCCUAAUAACAUACAAUUGCCGAUAUCCGGUCAUCUGCGUCUCGGUAGAUCUCACGAUAAAACUGAUGAUGGGUUCCUCGGACGUCUGACAUGUUUCCAACUAUUUGAUGUCAUCCCGACAGCGUCUGGUGUCGCAGACAUUUCCAAAUAUUGUCAACCUGAAUUGUGGACAAUUAAGCCAGAUCUGGUUUAUGAAGAGAAGAUUGUGGACGGUGUAACCAAACAAUGUUUAGCCAACUUAACAGAUGGCAAAGAACCGACUUGUUUAGAAAUAAUUUCACAAAGAUGUCUGACCAAUGGCGUUUACUGGCAGGAGCUCAUCCGGCAAAACGAGUGGAAUGAAAGCAAUCGAGAUGUCGCGUAUUUUCGCUCCAUUUCAAAAGGAUUUAAACCUUCCGAUAUUGAUGGUCAUCUACUUGCUAAUGUUAAGACUGUAAACGGCAAGCUUUGUUCUAGACUAUGCAUGAAAAUCGACGGUUGCCAGUCCUACAUCACCAACAAAAUCAGUUCUUAUGUCACGAAAUGUUUGCUCUAUGAUGCGGUUCGUGAUGCUAACCAGGCUUAUGAAGGAGCCAAAUAUUUUGUCAUUAGAUCUUAAAUUACAGACGGCAAAUCAGCUUUUGAUCGAUCACGCAAUUUAUAAUU